AUGGUUGCAAAGAGCGCAGCGAAAUCUCGUGCCACCACUCCUGAAUACUCUCUUAGAUCUCGAUCCCGAACCUCCGACCGCUCUGCCAAGUCUCAGGUCUUCGGAUCGCCUCCUCCUACUCCCAGCAGAAUUUACGGGAGGAAAUCCAAAGCUCGUUCUUAUAUGAAUACACCUUCGCGUCUUCGCGGGCCUUCAGCAGCAUCUACUUCGAGCACGCCUUUACACUAUCGUAGAUCCCUAGCAGACCCGAUGCCUUCCUAUACGAUGCAAAGCCUGGCGCUUGACUAUGAACUUCCUGUUCUUCCUGAAACACCUUCAGACUCAUCUGCUUCGUCGUCGUUUGACUUGACCUCUAUCGCAAGCUCAUCUCCAUCCACGAACUCGUCGGACUCAAACAGAGUUGAAGAAUCCGGGCUGGACGUGGAUUCUGAUUCUGAUGACGAACCGGUGUUCAUUUCGAGAAUUAUGCCAAUCCAAUCGUCGGCUUUCCGCGACAGUGACAUUAUGGACAAGCUUCGCCAAGUUCGUUUGGAUCUUGAGAAUGCCCGUAAGGGAUGUUUCACUCCCAUUCCUAACUAUUUUAUUCAAUCUCAUCUCGAUAAUAUGUUGCGGCUGGAAGGCAUCCCAACUCCCUCUCGUCAGCCGUUGCAGUGGCCGCUCAAAUUUCAAUCUGGGCCCACUCCAUUACCCUUCCCACCCAGCGCUGCGACGUUCCCAGUCUAA